UGCAGGAUCCUGCCCACAGUCACAGGCGCCGGCCAGCAGACACGCACACACAGUGAGCAGGUAGAGAGGUGCUGAGAGUGUUCCCGGCUACUCUCAGGAGUCUACUUGUUGAUUCUCUCCAGGUGGGGACUGGACGUGAUAUCUGUGUGAAACAACUAUAUGUUCUCAACAUGUUGGUGCGCAGAUCAUGAUGCCUCUAUUAGUUCAUAAAGGCUGGAGAUUUCAACGGGCAAGUUUCAACGCGUUUACUCCUGAAAUGUUACUGAUGUCCAUGGAUGAGGCGAAUCGGGAUAUACGGACCACACCCGCAGGGGAAGAGGACGGACCCUGAUGAGGCCAUCUGCAGGACCAUGUCUUUAUAAUCCACCGGACUGUAUCUUUCAGUCUUUCCAAGCGACGGAGUGACUUGAACGAAGAUGCUGAAAGGUGGGGUUCGGUCGGGCGCCAUGCCCCCGGACACGAUGGACAUUAUCCGGAGCAAGACUCAGUCCCGCCGGGUAAGGCUGAACGUCGGGGGGCUCCUCCACGAAGUCCUGUGGAGGACGCUGGACAGGCUGCCCCGCACCAGACUGGGGAAACUGAGAGAUUGCAACACCCACGACUCUAUCAUGGAAAUAUGCGACGACUACAGUUUGGAUAAUAACGAGUACUUCUUCGACAGACACCCCGGCGCCUUCACCUCCAUCCUAAACUUCUACCGAACUGGGAAGUUGCACAUGAUGGAGGAGAUGUGCGCCCUCUCCUUCAGUCAAGAGCUUGACUUCUGGGGCAUAGAUGAGAUCUACCUAGAGUCCUGCUGCCAGGCCAGGUAUCACCAGAAGAAGGAGCAGAUGAACGAAGAACUCAAAAGAGAAGCCGAGAACAUGAGAGAGAGGGAAGGAGAAGAGUUUACUACCACAUGUUGUUCUGAAAAGAGGAAGAAACUCUGGGACCUUUUGGAGAAGCCCAGCUCAUCGUUUGCUGCUAAGAUCCUGGCCAUUAUCUCCAUCCUCUUCAUUGUGUUGUCCACCAUUGCCUUGUCUCUGAACACCCUCCCAGAGCUGCAGGACACAGAUGAGUUUGGCCAGUCCACAGACAACCCACAGCUGGCCCAUGUAGAAGCUGUGUGCAUCGCCUGGUUCACCAUGGAGUACCUGCUCCGUUUCCUCUCUUCUCCCAACAAAUGGAAGUUCUUUAAGGGUCCUCUGAAUAUUAUUGAUUUGCUGGCAAUCCUGCCCUACUAUGUCACCAUCUUCCUGACAGAGUCCAACAAGAGUGUACUGCAGUUUCAGAAUGUGCGCCGUGUGGUUCAGAUUUUCAGGAUCAUGCGUAUUCUGCGUAUCCUGAAGCUGGCUCGUCACUCCACAGGGCUUCAGUCUUUGGGCUUCACCCUUAGAAGGAGCUACAAUGAGCUGGGCCUGCUCAUCCUUUUCCUUGCCAUGGGUAUCAUGAUCUUCUCCAGUCUGGUGUUCUUUGCUGAGAAAGAUGAAGAAGAUACCAAGUUUAAAAGUAUUCCGGCUUCCUUUUGGUGGGCCACUAUUACUAUGACCACAGUAGGCUACGGAGAUAUCUACCCAAAAACUCUAUUGGGAAAGAUAGUAGGGGGGUUGUGCUGUAUUGCUGGGGUCUUGGUUAUUGCCCUACCAAUCCCCAUCAUUGUAAAUAACUUCUCUGAAUUUUACAAAGAGCAGAAGAGGCAGGAAAAAGCCAUCAAAAGACGAGAGGCACUGGAGAGGGCUAAGCGAAAUGGUAGCAUUGUCUCUAUGAACAUGAAAGAUGCGUUUGCCCGCAGUGCAGAGCUCAUGGAUGUAAUGGUGGAAAAAACUGAUGAAACCAAGGAGAAAGUACAUGAUAAUCAUGUGUCUCCAAAUCCACUGAGAGGGACACCCAAACUGAGGUCACCUCAGACCAACCCCACCACUCCCACCAAGACCCUUGAGUCCAGCUACGAAGAGCAUGCCAAGCCCUCUAGCAGUCCUCAGCAUCUCAGUGUAGAGAAACUGGAGGAGAUGUAUAACAAGAUGGCCCUGACACAGUCACAACCAAAUCUGAACAGCAAGGAAAAAGGACCACCGUCCAAAGUGGUCAAGCAGAGGGCUGAACUGGAGAUGGGGAGCAUCCCGACACCAGCCAUCUCCAGCACAGUGGAGGCAGUGACAGACAUGAGGAGCAUGUCAAGCAUCGACAGCUUCAUCAGCUGUGCCACUGACUUUCCUGAGAGCUCCCGCUUUUCCCAGAGUCCUGUCAAUACCAAGCCAGGGAGGGUCAGCACUAACCCUAGCCUGGAGCCCACCAUAGAGAACGAGCACGAGGGAUCCCAGGCCACUACACCCCAGACAGGACGAAGUAACCAGCCAAGCCCAUAUUCUGACACCCAGAGACGCCUGCAGGUCAACAACCCACUCAAGAGCCACUCGCUCAAAGUCAAUUUCAGAGGCGGCGAGGAUUCAGGUACAGGACCCCUGUCAGACAGCUCAUCAGUCCAGAGCCCUGAGGUUUCUGUCUACACAACUGCCAGCAGCAGGACACCCAGCAAAAGCCCGGAAAAUCUACGGCCAGGCAUUUUCACAUUCCAUGACUCAUCCAUCAGUAAGUUCAUCGACGCAGACACGGAUGAGGAGGAGCACCUACAUGAUGGUUCAGGCACCAACCCAUCCCAAAGACUCUUAGAGAAAGCCAGCCCCAAAUUUGGCCAUCACUCCAGCUUCCAGCAAGGGUCCAACCACAUGGAGGGCCUGCAGAGGAAGCUGGGAAACAGCACACUGCCAUUAGAGGGGCAGGAGAACCAUGUGGCUCAGGAACUACAGCCACUUCAGGGGGAGAAGAGUCACUCGAAUGCUUAAAGUUACGUAUAAAUGAGAGACUGUGGUGGAAAGACUGGAGAGAAGGAAGUCGAUAAGAAGCACAGUGAACUCAACAAAACUGAACUUUCUGAAAAAUAUGAGGGCACUGAAAACAUUUGAGAAGAAUUACACUUCAAAAUACUUUCCACUUAAAAUAUCCAGUCACUGUCAAGGAUGGAAAAAGUUUUGUGUUUUGCUCUGAAACAUUUCUGUGAAGAAAUAGCAGGACUCUGAUGUAAGAGGUUUUAAAAUGUCCCUUUGACAAUUUUUACCAUUUCUGUGUUUGUUUCAGCCCAGAUUAACAUGUAAUAAUUACAGCCUAUAAAGUAACAAGUACAUAUAUUAUUCUUAGCAAAUACCUAUUUUUCUGACUACCCUUAUAACCAGUAGCAAAAGCUGUCAGAUCAGUAGCAAACCUCAGCGGGCAUUUUAAACACAGCACUGCAAACUGGGACAAACCUAACACUCAGACCAUUUCAAUAACUAUGUAUGUUGUAAUAUAAACCAGGGGGAUACAUUUUUCUUUAAGUUUUGGUCUUUUAAUGUGAUAUUACCAAGGCCACGUGUUGGGAAAAUGUAAAAUUUGUUUCCUAUAAUUUGUUUCCUUUAACUUCCUUCCUUAAAACUGGCCUUAGUUCAUAUUGUCUCCUGUUUUAUGUUUGUUUUUGUGUGAGUGAGAGCGAGAACGACAGACAGAACAUACAUAUAAAAGUGAGGGCAAUGAUUUUCUUUCAUAUCCAGUAUAUUUAUUAAUAUGUAAUGUUUAUGGUCUCUUGUCUUAAGUGUGGACUUGAAGAGAAUCAAGCAUUUCCAUUUGUUUCCGUCCAACAGCAGUAUAGUGUCUUGCUUGUUGAUAUUUUUACUGCACAGAAAGACACUGUGAGGCUGCGUCCAUUGAUUUCCGUCUCGCUCCCAUUUUGCCGAACUCCUGGCAAGAGAGAGCACCUUAACAUAAUAACUAUUUUAUCAUAAACAAAAACUCUUUAUUAUGAUUUGUUUACUUAUUUUGCUUGUUUCUCUAUGACUCUGUGUGGCCCUCAUUGUGGGUAAUCUGAGUUCAUCUUUGAAGCUGACGAAAAUGAAAAAAGUCUUGUGUUAUUUCACACAACGUCUCAGAGGUGUUUUGGAGGAGGCAUCAUUCCAAUUGUAGCUGACAAACUCAACUUUAGAUAAAAUAAAAUGAGUAUCAUUAUAGCUGGAAGGAAGCUCUGAAAAUCACUGGGAGUUUCUAAGCUGAACUUCCAGUUGUGUAAGAAUGUGAAUAUUGUACAUGAGUAACUACAAAAGUAGAAUAUUACAAACAUACACAUUUAUUGUACAAGGUAAAGAAUCAAAACAAUUUAUAUUUUUAAGAUAUUUUCUAAAAUUAUGGACUCUUAGACAAAUAUAUUGUGCUAAUCUCAUAGUUUUGCAUUUCAAUAUAUGUAUUGCGUUAUUUUGAUGGAGUUGCAUUUCUUAGACAAUACACUGUAGUGGUUAAAUUUGUAAUGUUUGCUAAUGUCUCCCUGUACGUGUCCGUCCCUCCGUCCUUUGUGCAAUGUGAAGAACCAAAGAACUGUUCUGUCUGAUAACUCAUACAGAUUAUAGUAGGUUAUACUGUUAGAUCUAUAAAUGUUAGAAGUGUAAGCAUUCCUUCUUUAAAAAGCAGACUCCGGGAUAUUUCAGGGAGCCAUACUUGCUUAUUCGGUUUCAAACAUGUAAGCUGGAGUGUGCACAGAUAAGAGGACUGGCCUCUGCGGAAGAAAGCUGUUGACAAGAGAUCAAAAAGAAAAGGAGAUGGAACAUGAAGAGGAAACAUAGCACUUUAUUUUACACCCAUUUCAAAAGCUAAUUUGAUUAUUUACACACUGUAGAACAUGGAGAGUGGUUUGCUUCCAGAAAUCCAAAACAUUAUGCUCAUAUGAGUUCACAUGAUAUCUCUUAAAAACAAAGCCACCUUGCAGCGACAGUCUGCCACCCAGAGGUACCUCGUGUGUCUGUAGACCCCUUUAGGUCAAAUAAUACUCUGCUUUCUGCUUAUUCAAAAAAUGUGACCUUUAUGGAUGCUGAUCAUCUGGUUGUUACUAACAAAAGCAUGAUUUUACAACAAUUUCUUAACUUUACAUAUCAUGCAAGCAUGCUAUAAUGCAUAUAUUUUAGUAGCAAGUUAAUGUAUUUAGGUUGUUCACUCUAUAUGUUUUGAUUACUGCAAUCAUUACACUUAAUAUGGGUUAGAUAUUUUUGUGCCUUUGCUUUUAACCAACAUCUGCCCCGUACACUGAACCUGUCACUAUUUCCUGUCUAUUAGAGUCUGAAUUACAAUUAAACAAACUGUACAAAAAGGAUAAAAAAAACACAGACUGAUAUUUGUCAUGUCUACCCGCAACACAGUCUGUAUUUCCUGUGCACUUACAUUAGUGUGGUGCACAUUUACAUGAAAAAGGCCCAGUCCUCGAAAAACAAACAGGUGUGGACUCAGUAGUGUGAAAGACCACUGUUUCCAUGGUGAUGGCUGAGAUGACUGGAGAGCUCACAUUUGAUGCAAACCAGUAGCCUAAUUUGUAGAUUUUGGGUCCUUAAAGACGUCAAUUUAGACUAAUUGCAGAUUCACUUUGUUUCUAUUCUAUGUUCUUUAAUUCAUCUCCUUCUUAACCCUCAACCUCACCUGUGGCAUCAGCAGUAAAGUCUCAGUUAUUACACACAUUAUGGAAACCCAUGUAAACUGGAUCUUGGGUCUUCGUAUCAGACCGACACAUCGUCCCCUUAUUUCAAACCUAUUACUAUUACAUGCACACAGAUAUUGUGAAAGACAGUUUGACCACAGCUGCAGUCAUAAUCCCCUGAAGCAAAGGUGCCGUCACUAUGCGUAUGGCCACUAUGAAGCUUCUGUGGAGGAAGGGGGGUGUGAAAUGUGAAUGGAAUAAGAACAAGCAUUUUGUGACAGUGAGCGGAGUAGAAAAGCUGUCAGCUUGAUCACAACUGACAUACCUAAUGAUGGCUGUUACUCUGCGACUUCUCCUCAUGUCCAACUGCAGCCUGGAUAACUCUUAACCCAGACAAGCUGACCAUUUAAAGGUUCAGUGUGUAAGAUUUAGGGAGUCCAGAAUAUAUAGUAUUGAAAAUGAUGCUUUAAUUUGUUUAUAAUCACCUGAAACUGUGAAUUGUUGUUUGCGUUACCUUAGAAUGAGCAGUUUACAUCUACAAAUGGAGCGGGUCCGCCAUUUUGCACUGCCAUGUAUCUACAGUAUGGAGCGGGCUUCUUAUUUUUUAUAGCAGAUGGUAUCCAGCAUUAAGCUGCAUUACUGUCACCACUGCCAGAGUUAAUAUCUAGAACAGACAUACCAAACACUAGCCAUGGUAAAGUCCUCUUGCAUUUUAAGAGGCCACUAUAAGGUGGCAACUUCACUGCGCUAUUCCACUAAAUAUCACACACUGAACCUUUAAAAAGCAUUAUGUUAAUUAGAAAAUAGAAGUUUUGUGAGCUAAUUCUGCUCUCUUAGGGGGAAAGACUUUUAGCUAUUAUAUUUUGUUAUUGUGAAAGUAAAGUAUGAAGUGAGAUCAUGAACACAGCACUAACAUGUUUCCAUUACAGAGAUCAGCUCUGCGUUGGAGUCUGUAGUGCAGAAUGACGGUGCAAAAAUGACAGUUGGGUUGAGGCAUCCUUUCUGAGGAUGUGUUCAUUUCUGGGAUUCUAUAAAUAUCAUCCUGGGUUUGCAAAGGGGGGGUCCCAGCCAGCAGGAAAGGCUCAGUUACACCAAUGUCUUUGGUCCGAAGGUGUCACAGAGCCCAGAAAUACAAACUUUGAAACUAAAGAGCCUGGCUGAGGCGGAUAAGGAGGCUGUUCAGCUUGCAGGAACUAUACAAACAGUCACUGGUAUGUGGGAUUUGUUGCGGCCCCUUAACAUUGCAUGGUAAUGGGAUAAAACUGUCAAACUGACAAAUGGUCAAAUGACUUUCACUACUGAAGGCAUUAGAGGCAGAAGAUAGAAAAAGUGUGCGUGUAUGUGUGGGUGGGGGGUGUUAACAAUAUGAAGAUUCAUUAGCAUUCGUCACACAACAGUUAAACAUGCAGUAAAUAGUGACAAAUCUGUGGAAUUGAGCCUCUCACCGUGGUGGAUUACUUCAAAACAAGCCAUAGGCAGAAUAAAUGGUUACUACUCUUUUCUCUGUUGGAUGAAUGUUAAGAAUGUCCUUAUUGCUUUUUAUAUGUUUUUAUGUUUUCUGAACUGCACUUUAUUGAUUUGUCUAGUGUCUGUGCAAAUAAAAAAGGUAACAGUCUUGCAAACGCUACACAUUUCUUGUAAUACAAUUUCCAAAAGCACAAGGUACAAUUAUAAUAUUAUUAAGUAACCAUUUCCUUUAAGCACAAUAUGCCACACAAGAGGUUAAAAGCCAAAUACAGACAUGUAAUUUCAUUUUCAGACUCUUCCCCCCUUCUUCAGGGAGUUAAUCACCUCUGUUCAGCUCAAACAGGUCUGUAUGCUGCCCUUAUUGUGUCUGGGGAGAUGUUUGUUUUGUAAAGUUUCAUACUUGACUUUGUAGAAGAUUAUCUUUGUGAUUUCCUGUUGUUUGACACAUGUAGCGCUAUUAAACUUUGACACACAGAACCUGUAAAUAUCAUCUAAAAAAGCUAUAGGGAAAUGUCUAUGAUCAUUUUGAAGCAGUUUUCUCCUUUUACUGACUGAUGCUUAAUAAAAGACAAUAAACAAG